UAUUUACAGCUAGCUAUCUAAUGCAAAUUGACGGUUUGGUAUGUGGAACCAUUUGUUUGCCCGCUUGCCAGUUCCCGUCGGGUGAAACAGUUGUCGGACCCCGUGUGGGAAGCGGCUUCUGUGCUUGUUGCCACGUCGGAGUAGUUGUUGAACCUGGUUUAUUAAAUCAGAACCAAACCAGGAAUACUUUUCUGCAGCGUUGUCAGCUUCAGCUUGAGUCAUGGUUUCCGUUAUCAACACGGUGGACACCUCUCACGAGGACAUGAUCCACGAUGCCCAGAUGGACUACUACGGUACCCGACUCGCUACCUGCUCCUCUGAUCGCACCGUAAAGAUCUUCGAUGUCAAAAAUGGAGGGCAGAUCUUAGUAGCAGACCUCCGAGGCCACGAGGGUCCCGUGUGGCAGAUAGCGUGGGCUCACCCGAUGUUCGGCAACAUUCUGGCUUCCUGUUCCUACGACCGUAAAGUCAUCAUCUGGAAGGAGGAGAACGGAGCCUGGGACAAGAUGUAUGAAUACUGUGGACACGAGUCAUCAGUGAACUCUGUCUGCUGGGGUCCCUAUGACUUUGGUCUGAUCCUGGCCUGCGGCAGCUCAGACGGGGCCAUUUCCCUUCUCACAUUUACUGGGGAUCAGCAGUGGGACGUCAAGAAGAUCAGCAACGCACACACUAUUGGCUGUAACGCGGUGAGUUGGGCUCCUGCUGUAGUUCCCGGCAGCCUGAUUGAUCAGCCGUCGGGUCAGAAACCAAACUACGUCAAACGCUUUGUCUCGGGAGGCUGCGACAACCUGGUCAAACUCUGGAAAGAGGAGGACGGUCAGUGGAAGGAGGACCAGAAGCUGGAGGCUCACAGUGAUUGGGUGAGAGACGUCGGCUGGGCUCCUUCUAUUGGCCUUCCCACCAGCACCAUCGCCAGCUGCUCCCAGGACGGACGCGUGUUCAUCUGGACGUGUGACGACCCAGCAGGCAACACCUGGACGGCCAAACUGCUCCAUAAAUUCAGUGAUGUUGUUUGGCACGUCAGCUGGUCUAUCACUGGGAACAUCCUGGCUGUUUCAGGAGGAGACAACAAGGUGACGCUGUGGAAGGAGUCGAUGGACGGACAAUGGGCGUGUAUCAGUGAUGUCAGCAAGGGCCAGGGCGCCGUCUCCUCCAUCACAGACACACAGCAGAAUGAGCAGUGACACACACACACACACACACACACUGACCCCUGGCUCUGAAAGGAUGACCCCACUCUUCAAAGAUGAAUUAAGCGUUAAUACACACGCCGGACAGUGAUUGAGCAAUUUUGAUUGGGCUUGAGCUCGGCUACUGAUGAUGACGUUAGGAGUUAAAGGAGUUCAGCUGCAGUGUGUCCGGGAUAAAUGAUCCAAAUUUGAUCAGAGGUGAAGAAAACCUUUCCAGUUGAAUGAUUGAGAAUCUCUGAAAAUGCAAACAUGACUGAUCAUUAUUUUUAUCAGAUGCACUCCAUCGAGUUUCUACAUGUGUGUUAAUGUUGGUCCAAACACAAGUUAGUACACCUGACACUGGCCCUCCAUCCUGUCCCAUGAUGCUUUGCUCCUAAAACAUUCCACCUUCACCAGCAGAUGAGCAGAGUCCUGCUAACCGAGCUUUGUAUCGAGCCCAAAGCCCUGACGUGCUACUAGAAAGCUGUUCUCCUCAUUCUAUGUCAUGUUGUGUCCCUGCUCGGCGGUAAACUAGUCCCUGUGUUCUCACAGUGAGACAAAGACGUCCCCAACUUCAGCUGGUAAAUUUACAUAAAAUAAGUAAAUGAUUUAUUUGGUAAUCUAUUGAUGAGUACGAGGCUGCUUGGCAGUUCAGUAAACAGCCAUUACAUUUCUAUGGCAACCUGAAUAAAUCAAUACGUUGCCAAGACAACUAAGAAUGAGGCAAAGUUUAGAUGAGUUUUUGUUUUUCUUCUAAUUGUGAGAACAGAAAACCAUGGAUGUGUUUAUCAUAUUUGUGUAAUUAAAUAACUAUAAUGUUAAAAU